AUGAUCUCAUCUACACUUCUAGGCCCAUUGGGCGUCUUGCUAGCUGGCGCAUCAAGCGCCGUGGCGUUCGAGAAAAUCAGCAUUCAGUCUGCCGUCAAGGCUAACACUGAGGUUGAAGUCACAAUCAGCAACGAUAUUUCCGACGGAGCCAGCUCUUUCGAUGCCGGCUUCACCAACUACAACCUCUACCUGGCGACGACACCGCCCGGCUGGGGUACCGGCCCCGUAUGCCUCUUGGCCAACGGGACCAAAAUUGACGUUACUUCCCUAAAGGUUACAAUCCCCGCCGACGCUGUCCCUGACUCUGCCGAUCUCAUGAUCACAACGGUGGAAUGGAACUCGGAUCCAAGCAAGGACGGCCCAUCGGGAUUCGAGUAUAGCAACGAGUUCACCUUUUCCGGGGGAACAGCGGAAUGGGGCAAGACUGAACUUGACGGUUCUUCGCUGGGCGACAUGGAUCGCAUCCCAUGCUCUGCUUACGCGUGCGCCCGCAAGUGCAACGACAAGUACUUUGACGAGAGAAACAAGACAAGCGACGAUCCCAGUACCUACAAGAACACGUACGAGUGCGUCGCUGCGUGCCCGGGCACCACUUUCCCUUCGUGGGAUUCUGUCAUCAACGACAACGGCGACGGCCAGGGCUCGGGCUCCAGUGCGGGUCCAUCGGGAAGCGCAACGGCUCCUGCUGCAUCCGCGACAGCUUCGACGUCUCCAACCGGUCCAUCUUCGUCGAAUCCAACAUCCUCCACGCAAACUGGUAGCUCGCCUUCUCAGACUCCCAAUCGGGGUCCUCAAUUGGCCGUGAAGAUGCCAGGUCUUGUGUUGGUUGGUCUAGUUAUAUUGUGUAUGCUUUCUUAA